AUGUUGGCUCUAACCAAGCGGCUGCAGCAGGAAAUCACAUCAGCAUCGUUUUCAGCCAUCUUCCCGCCGAACGGAAACGCUGAAUGGUUGCGACGUAGCAUGGGCUGCUCCGGUUCCAGUUCCAGAAACACCGCCACCGUAGACGACACCAAGUCACCAAAGCCUGUUUCAGCCAGGUCCAAUAAAACCAAAAUGGAGUACCCCGCCUCGGAGGCCUUUACCAUUCCCCUAGAUACCGAUGAGAGUCCGGAGAUCCCGCUAAAUGAGACCCUGCGACAGCCGCCGAAGAGGAUUCAGCAGUUGAUGCAGGAGGCAGCCAGCUCGGAGCCACCAACUUUGGAGGAACUGGAGGACAAGCAGCAAAAGGCGGAGCAAAGGCGUCAGGAGCUGAUGCAGCAGAAGCUGGAGAUCAUACAGAAGAAUGCCCAGAUGCUGAUGAGGAGUCAUGGGGAAAACCCAGAGGAAAAGGAAGGGGAGGAAAACCCAGAGGAAAAAGAGGAGCAGGAAAACCCUCCCGAAAAGAACUAAAUAGAUACUUCUUUUUCAUUCACAUUUUUUAUUGUUAGCUUUAAAUUAUAUAUGUAUUACUAUAUAUCGUAGUAUAUUUCCAAACAAUUAGAUUGUAUGCAAUUAAAUCUGCUCUCUUCAUCAAAAUGCUGUCCAUCUGUUCUAGCUGUGUGAUCAGUGAUCAGUAAUCCUAUAUGUCAAACCUUUUCGCUGGUAGUCAAAAACGUGAUCUAUUUGUAAUCGAGUGUCCGGCUUGGGCCGAGAUUAUAUAUAUAUGUAGGU